AACUAACUACCUUACAUUCACCACUUCAGCCACACUCAACAACACCGCGUUUGGCUCACACACUAACACAACUGUUCUGUACCUUUCUUCCUCUCCUCAACUUGUUUCCUACUUAACGCGUUUCCGUGAACCAAUCGCCGAUCUCGCGCUUUAUCUAUAAAGCGCGAGAUACCUCACCGCAACCAGUGGAACUCACCGAAUUGAACUCAAGUUUUUUCUCUUCUCUCGGUUUCAUCGCCAUGGAUGAAGAAGUGCGCAAGAUCUUCAGCAAGUUCGACAAGAACGGCGACGGCAAGAUCUCGUGCGCCGAGCUGAAGGAGAUGAUGGUGGCGCUGGGAUCCAAAACGACGUCGGAGGAGGUGAAGCGCAUGAUGGCGGAGCUUGAUCGGAACGGCGACGGCUACAUUGACCUGAAGGAGUUCGGCGAGUUCCAUUGCGGCGGCGGCGACGGGAGGGAGCUCCGGGAGGCGUUCGAGCUGUACGAUCUGGACAAGAACGGGCUGAUCUCGGCGAAGGAGCUGCACUCCGUGAUGCGGAGGUUGGGGGAGAAGUGCUCCCUCAGCGACUGCCGGAGGAUGAUCGGAAACGUGGAUGCCGACGGUGACGGCAACGUCAAUUUUGAAGAGUUCAAGAAGAUGAUGACUCGCUCGUAUGUUGCGGUUUCUUCGUCACCCUUGGUGAUUUCUUCCUUCUUCAUAUUGAGAGGCAGUGGCAAUGUUUUCUUCACCAGCUCUACUAUUUCAGUUACACCUUCAUCUCCAAAACGCUCAUCAGAUUCCUCUAAGAUCUGUGUAAUGAAAGUGAACAAACUGAUUACAGUUUCGUAAGGGUAGUAGCUAUUGAAAUAGACAAAAUAUUUAAAAGCAUAUUAGUAGUCUCCUAGAUCAAAGUCUUACUAAAAUGGGAGAAAUACAUAACAAGACUCUUAGCAGAAA